AUGGCAGCCAUAGAAACUAACACAAAAAUCUCUAUGCAUAUUCGAUCCAACAGCUUUCCUUCUGCCCCUCACCCUGUUUUAUCACAAUUUGAGGGGCAUCUAAACAGAUUGAAGUCUUCUGAAGCCGCUUCUUCUUCCUCUUCUAUAAGCCACAAACUUGGUGGCUUGCAAGAUUUGUAUGAUUGCACUGAUACGGUGCUCCAAUUGUCAACCAUCAAACAAGCCUUGGCCCAAGAAUGCAACGAAAAAUCAGUUGAUAAACUACUUGAAGGAUCUCUCGUCCUUUUGGAUAUCUGUUGCACAGCUAAAGAUUGCUUGCUGCAGUCCAAGGAAACUAUUCAAGGACUUCACUCAGUUCUUAGGAGGAGAGGAUCUGAAACUUCUGGUUUCACAAUUGAGAGUGGAAAAUACUUGGCUUCAAGGAAGAAGAUGAAGAAGGAAAUUAAAAAGGCCUUGGCAAAUUUGAAAGGGACCUUGAAAGAUUCUUCUACAAAUGAACAAAAUGAGGCUUUGUCCAUGCUUAGCAUCUUGAAAGAAGCAGAAGCAGUCGCUGUGAACUCAUUGGAGUCUCUAUUGUUAUUUGUCAGUGAUUCAAAGAGACAUCUAAAGCAGAGAAGAUGGUCAGUGAUCUCAAAGUUGAUGCAGCCGAAGAAAAUAACUUGUGUCUCUGAACAAUCAGAUAUCAAUGAAUUUGAAGAGGUGGACGCAGCUUUGGAGUCUCUCAUCAGUCACAAGCAUUCAUCUGUACAGAAUCUUCAAACGCAUUUGGGAAAUUUGGAGUUAUGCAUUCAGGAUCUAGAAGAAGGAAUUGAGAGCCUCUCUAGGCAACUGAUUAGAACCAGAGUGUUUUUACUCAAUAUCUUCAACCAAUAG